AUUGCCUCGGCCGCCGCCGGCGCCCCCGCCUCCCCCGCGCAGCUCCCACCCCGCGGGGCGCGUCGCUGCCCCGCCCGGCCCGGGAGUCCGCGCAGCCCCCUCCUGAAGCGCGACCGCAGGGAGGGCGGCGGAGGGCGCGAGUCCGGCGAGCGGCUCUGGGCGGCUCUGCGCAGCAGAGGAGGAGGGACAGGCGCGCCCAGCCCCUGCUGGACUCGGGCUGGGGGGCGGGGAGAGAGGGGUGGAGCGCGGGGAGCCAGGCGAGGGGCCGCCACGACGGGACUCCAUUAGCCGCUCGGGUCGGGAGGCAGCGCUUCGCCGGCUGAGGAGCGACGCGGACGCCGCCACCCCGCUAGCUGCCGCCCCCGCGCCUGUUGCCGCGCCAGCCGAGGCCGGGGAGCGCGAGGAUCGCGCGGAAGGAGCCAUGGCUCUGGACGGGAUAAGGAUGCCAGAUGGCUGCUACGCGGAUGGGACGUGGGAACUGAGUGUCCAUGUGACAGAUCUGAACCGCGAUGUCACCCUGAGAGUGACCGGGGAGGUGCACAUCGGAGGGGUGAUGCUUAAGUUGGUGGAAAAACUCGAUGUAAAAAAAGAUUGGUCUGACCAUGCUCUCUGGUGGGAAAAGAAGAGAACUUGGCUGCUUAAGACACAUUGGACCUUGGAUAAGUAUGGUAUUCAGGCAGAUGCUAAGCUUCAGUUCACCCCUCAGCACAAACUGCUCCGCCUGCAACUUCCCAACAUGAAGUAUGUGAAGGUGAAAGUGAAUUUCUCUGAUAGAGUCUUCAAAGCUGUUUCAGACAUCUGUAAGACUUUUAAUAUAAGACACCCUGAAGAACUUUCUCUCUUGAAAAAACCCAGAGAUCCAACAAAGAAAAAAAAGAAAAAGCUAGAUGACCAAUCUGAAGAUGAGGCACUUGAAUUAGAGGGGCCUCUUAUCACUCCUGGAUCAGGCACUGAUGUUCUUUACAUUGGCCCUCUGAAAGGAAGUAUAUAUUCAAGCCCAGGACUUUAUAGCAAAACCAUGACCCCCACCUACGAUGCUCAUGAUGGAAGCCCCUUGUCACCAACUUCUGCUUGGUUUGGUGACAGUGCUCUUUCAGAAGGCAAUCCUGGUAUACUUGCUGUCAGUCAACCAGUCACAUCACCAGAAAUCUUGGCAAAAAUGUUCAAGCCUCAAGCCCUUCUUGAUAAAGCAAAAAUCAACCAAGGGUGGCUUGAUUCCUCAAGAUCUCUUAUGGAACAAGAUGUGAAGGAAAAUGAGGCCUUGCUUCUUCGAUUCAAGUAUUACAGCUUUUUUGAUUUGAAUCCAAAGUAUGAUGCAAUCAGAAUCAAUCAGCUUUAUGAGCAGGCUAAGUGGGCUAUUCUUCUAGAAGAAAUCGAAUGCACAGAAGAAGAAAUGAUGAUGUUUGCAGCCUUGCAGUAUCACAUCAAUAAGCUGUCAAUCAUGACAUCAGAGAAUCAUUUGAACAACAGUGACAAAGAAGUUGAUGAAGUAGAUGCUGCCCUUUCAGACCUGGAGAUUACUUUGGAAGGGGGUAAAACAUCAACAAUUUUGGGUGACAUUACUUCCAUUCCUGAACUUGCUGACUAUAUCAAAGUUUUCAAGCCAAAAAAACUGACUUUAAAAGGUUACAAGCAAUAUUGGUACUUUCAAGAUACAUCUAUUUCUUGCUAUAAGAGCAAAGAAGAAUCCAGUGGCACACCUGCUCAUCAGAUGAACCUUCGAGGAUGUGAAGUUACCCCAGAUGUAAACAUUUCAGGCCAAAAAUUUAACAUUAAACUCCUAAUUCCAGUCGCAGAGGGCAUGAAUGAAAUCUGGCUUCGUUGUGACAAUGAAAAACAGUAUGCACACUGGAUGGCAGCCUGCAGAUUAGCCUCCAAAGGCAAGACCAUGGCAGACAGUUCUUACAACUUAGAAGUCCAGAAUAUUCUUUCCUUUCUGAAGAUGCAGCAUUUAAACCCAGAUCCUCAGUUAAUACCAGAGCAGAUCACAACUGAUAUAAAUCCUGAAUGUUUGGUGUCCCCACGGUAUCUAAAAAAAUACAAGAACAAGCAGAUAACAGCAAGAAUUUUGGAGGCCCAUCAGAAUGUAGCUCAGAUGAGUCUGAUUGAAGCCAAGAUGAGAUUCAUUCAAGCUUGGCAGUCGUUACCCGAAUUUGGCAUCACACACUUCAUUGCAAGGUUCCAAGGGGGCAAAAAAGAAGAACUUAUUGGAAUCGCAUACAACCGAUUAAUUAGAAUGGAUGCCAGCACAGGAGAUGCCAUUAAAACAUGGCGUUUCAGCAACAUGAAGCAGUGGAAUGUUAACUGGGAGAUCAAAAUGGUAACCGUGGAGUUUGCAGAUGAAGUCCGAUUGUCCUUCAUUUGUACUGAAGUAGAUUGCAAAGUGGUUCAUGAAUUCAUUGGUGGCUACAUAUUUCUCUCAACACGUGCAAAAGACCAGAAUGAGAGUUUAGAUGAAGAGAUGUUCUACAAACUUACCAGUGGUUGGGUGUGAAUAGAAAUACUGUAUAAUGAAACUCCAUGGCCAUAACAAUAUUUAACUUUAAAAGCUGUUGUUUCUUAUAUGCUGCUUAAUAAAGUAAGCUUGAAAUUUAUAAUUUUAUCAUGAAAAACUUUUUUGCCUUACCAGACUGGUUAAUAUGUGCACUAACAAGCACGAUUAUUAAUCUGCUAUCAUGAUACAAUAAGUGGACUAUUGAAUAUGGCACACAUUUCUUAGAGCCAUGAAUUGAAACUGAAAAGUGGGCAAAUCAGGAACAAACCAUCACUGAUUUAAGCAAGCCAAAUUGUAAGAAAUAAGCCAUCUACUCUAAAGUUAUGCAGGGCUUAACCUAUAUGAAGUCUAUUUAUCAUGUUUAAUGCAUGUAUUUUAAUGUAUGUUUAAUUUGAUUUCAUGUUUUUAAAUAACCUACUUCUGGUAGCCAUUUAAACCCCAUCCCCAAUAUAAAAUCAGGCCUACAAAAGAUGUCUGAUAUUUAAUAAUGUCAUUGUUUGACCUUGAAGGAAAAUGCUGUUAGUCUGUUAUGCUUGGUUUGUUUUUGUCCUUGAAUAAGCAUGUAUGUAUAUUGUCUUGUUUUUAUUUUUACACCAUAUUGUAUUACACUUGUAGUAUGCACCAGCAUAUUCACUGUCUGCCUAAAAUAUGCAACUUUUGCAUUACAAUAUGAAGUAAAGGUCUAUGAAGUAUGAAUUUUGUGUAACUAAUGUACAAACACAAAUUUUAUAAAAUUGUACAGUUUUUUUUAAAAACUUCACAAAUAGAAAAUGGCUUAAAUGUAGCAUCCUUGCAUUAAUUAAAUGCUUUUAAAAGAUAAUAUGCAAUUUUAAUAUCUGCUAAAUUAAGAAUGACUUCAUUAUGGUCAUGAUUUGCCACAUUGUCCUUAACUCUUACGCCUGGACUAGGCAAGGUUCUAGUCUGUUGCGCUGUUACAAUCUGCAUUGGUGCUAGUCAGAAAAUUCCUAGCUCACAUAGCCCAAAAGGGUGCCAGGAGGGGUGGAUACCAGUAUUGUCCAAUAAUCCAUGGUUUAAAGACUGUAUAAAUGCAUUUUAUUUUAAAUAAAAGCAAAACCUUUUAUUUAAUGUU